UUAGCGUUCUGACGAGAGCGCGCAAACCAUCUUGAAGAAAGAGCAAGAAGCACAUCAGACUCUGCACGCGCUCCUGCUCCAUCCGGACAAUCUGAAGAUGAGCACAGCACACAAACUUACCUUCCCCGCUCUGCUCAUGCUGCUCUACAUUUCUAGCUCAGAUCCUGUUACUGUGACGACAAGCAAAGCCAAAGUGGAGGUACAUGAAAACACAAAUGUUGUCCUGUCCUGUGAAUUCAAGACAGAGAAAGAAACAAACCCACGUGUUGAAUGGAAGAAGAGAGGCAAAGAUGUUUCCUAUGUUUAUUUUGAUGGGGACUUUACAGGUUCAUUUAAAGGCCGUGCAUCCAUCGACGGGGCAACAAUGACCCUCCGUGGUGUUACGCAGAAAGACUCAGGAGUGUACCAUUGCGAAGUCACAGCCCGCCAUGACAAAAUCAAGCUGGGGGAGGUCACUGUCACCCUCUAUGUGCUUGUUGCGCUACAUGCGCCAUCAUGUGAGGUCCCAGAAACAGUCAUGAGAGGAUUUUCUGCAGAGCUCCGCUGCAAAGACAAACUGAGCGUUCCCACUGCCACCUACAGCUGGUACAAAGACAACAAACCACUUCACACUAGCAAUCUCCCUGAAAUCAACUACACCCUGGACCCCAAAGCAGGGACUCUGAAGUUCAAGGCGGUCUCAAAAUCUGAUGAGGGUCAGUAUCGAUGUGAGGCCUCCAAUGGGGUGGGGGCACCCAAAAGUUGUGCCGGCCGGCAUAUGAAGAUAACUGAAUUUGAGCUGAACAUGACAGUCGUUACAGCAGUAGAAGUGGGAGCGUCCCUGUUGCUCCUCUCCUGCUGUGUGGCCAUCUGUCUGUGCUGCAGAAGAGGGGGCUGUUGUUGCUGCCGCAAGAAUAAAGGAGAGACACAACAAAGCAGAACCAAGACCAGCUAUAACCCUCCAGAUCCGAGACAUUACAAACAUACACAAUCCUUUGUGCUAUGACGUGUGCACAUACUGGACAGUGCUGUGCUAAAAAAAAAAGUGAAGUGACCUCAAAAACUAGAGAACCAUAUCAUACAUCAAGUGCACUUGUACUGUAUGUCUCCAUGUUUUGCUCUGAUGGCCUGUAAGAGAAGAAAACACGCCCCCUGGUGUUGAGGUCCAUCCACAACAGACCUACAUUUCGAUUAAUCUCUGCUGUUUCUUUUGUAUUACUGUAAAAAGCUUUUAUAUUUUUCAAUCUAAGAGAAUUCGUUUUUUUUAAGAUAGCACGUAGUAUUUUAAUUGUCUCAUAUCUGUUUGACUUCUCACAACUAGAGUUUGUAGAUACUGUAAAUGUUGCACAAUUUCAUACUAGUUCUUCUGCUCUUCCAGCGCCUCCUGCUGGUGGACAAUCAGUUUAGAUUCAAGUCUGGCUCCAGCAACAUGUUUUUCUUUUUUUCUCUGGAGCAAAUCGGAGCACUAUUCAUACUC